AUAAAGGUGCCUGAGUAACUGCUGUUUCCUUAAGGUUGAUGUUUGGUACUUACCAUUGCUGAAUCAUGGGGUUUCUUUUGAGAUUGUUUCUGUUGUCCUUGUUUGCCAUUGGAGAUCAAGUAAAUCCUGGCAACAUGGAUGAGAAACAUGGAAAUAAAGACUUACUGGCUGCUGGCUCUGAACCAAAUUCAACCACUUCUAACCCUGGAGACGAGUCUUUAAAUGGCACUGGGCCAUUUGGUAGCAAUGAUUUAACCCCGAAAGCAGAUGAGGUGAAAAGCUACAACUUGACUGUUGAUUAUCUGCCUGAAACUGAAACAUCAAAACAAAACGAAUCUGAGACAGAUCUUCAGCAUUCUUUUAGUAAUGCUGAAGAACAGCCUCCUGUAGUACAAUCUGGUGAUCAAUCCCAGCAGCAGCCAAGAGCACCACAGCAGCCACAAAGAUGCCCACCUAAGGCCAAGGCGCCCCAGGAGCCUACAUGUCCUCCCCAGGUACUCCAACAACCCAUCUGUCCAUCCCCUUUGCCACCACAGCCUAAUCUGCCUCUGCAGGCACCCCAAAUGCCUGCAGUUGAGCAACAUGGCCACUGGCCCUAUGUACACCCCUAUCAGCAACCUCAUGUUUACCCACCCAAGUGGUUCCAGCAGUAUGGUACCCUGCCCAUGUGGCACCAGCAGCAUGGUUCCCCAUCUGCAUGGUUCCAUGAGCCACAGAAGUAUGAUUAUCCAGCAAUGUGGCCAGAGAUACCCUAUGUGCCCUAUCACCACAGUUACCCUCCUCAGGAGCCCAAGCAUCCCGUUUACCCUCCCCAGGAGCCCCGGUACCAUCAUACUUUACCUCCCCAAGAGCCCAGUUACCACCAUGCUUUACCUCCCCAGGAGCCCCAGCCCCGCCAUGCUUUCCAUCCUGAGGAGAGCUGGCCCCGCCACGCUUUCCCACUCAAGGAGGGCCAGCCCCACCACGCUUUCCCACCCAAGGAGGGCCAGCCCCACCACGCUUUCCCACCCAAGGAGGGCCGACCCCACCACGCUUUCCUGCCCGAGGAGGCCCGAACCCAUCACACUCUCCCACCCAAGGAGGCCCAGCCCCAUCACACUCUCCCAUCUGAGGAGGGCUGGCACAGCCACGCUUUCCCGCCCGAGGAGGCCCGGCCCCGCCACGCUUUCCCGCCCGAGGAGGCCCGCCCCCGUCACGCUUUCCCGCCCGAGGAGGCCCGGCACCACUAUGCUUUCCCUCCUGAGGAGUCUCAACACCGUGCUUUUCCAUCCAAGGAAUCCCAACAGCAGAGAUACCAGCCACAGGAACAUUUCCAGCACAUUUACCCGCCGUGGGUGCACCCAGAAUCUCAGCAGUAUGACUUUCUGAAUCAAAGACCUCAAAAACGACGCUACCCAGCCAAAAGGCCAGGCUACCCACCCAAGAAGCCACGUUACAAAGUUAAAUGGCCAGCUAAUCUGAAUUGGAUGAUACGGCACCAAGAAAAGUAACUUUUACCAUCCCAGCAGGUCAUUCAUAGACCUCGAUAGUUUCAGGAUUUUUUUUUUUUUUUUUUUUUUUUUCUCAAGCUUCAACUUUACAAUUAUUCAAACUUUGGUUAAGCUUCAACAUAAGGACACCCAAGCUUACAAAUGCUUGUUUUUAUCUAUAUUUUCUGCUUCAGUCAAAGAAGCUGUACUGAUGUGUCAAAUAAAAUGACUGCUAAAUUC